ACUUGAGCAUUUUAUUUCUAUACAUAGUUAAUGUGUUAAGUAGCCAUCACUUUAAGUCCCUUCAAAUAUUAAGUACAAUUAAGAUUUGACCUUUCCAAACGAAAUCCGCCAUGGUACGGCAGCGUUUUCUAAUAUAUCUUAACGCCCUAUGCUUUGGCAUAAUACAGAGCGCGGUAAUAACUGUAUACGAACCCAGGCGUCGGUGUCCGAACACUGAGGAAAAAUGGCGGGAAAGAGUGGAAGGUUAUAUCUGUCCCUCUCAAACCAAGUACCAUUGUAUGCUUACAGGAGAUGGUGAAAUUGUGGAAUUCUGUAGCGACAUUACUUGGAUAGAACACGACUACUGUCCUAUGUUCAACUCCAAAACCGGGACCAUAGACGUUCAACUUUGUCCAGAGAAUGGAGACUGUCCACGGAAACAAUAUCUUUCCAACACAGUUUACAAUUAUCCUGACUGUCUGCAAGUUUUUCGCAAGGCUUCGGAUUCGAAAGAUGGCGGAAUAUCUUUAGCGUCCACUGCAAUAGAGGAAAACUCCGUGGAACCAUCCUACAAUGUGACAGCGAUUGAUGCUCUACGUCUGACCUCCAUCAGCAUGGUGUUCAUGGCCAUCAGUUUUUUCCUCUUCAUUGCAGUAUUCAUCGUAUUGAUUAUACUGCUUUACAUACAUGUUCGAAAAGGAAUGAACGUACAAAAUUUAGAUCAAAGUGACCCUUAACAUGUCAACUUACAUCUUUAAUAUGGCAGAACAUCACGACACCAGGAAGUCUCUAUCAAUCAACAUAAUUGCUUGCACUGAGUUCGAAUCCGAAAUGACGCUUUAAAACAAGAUGUUAUAUGCAAAUAAAACUU